UAAACUGAAGCAGCAAGGAGGAGGAGCUGAAAAUCGGAGAAGGAAGAAGCUAUGCUCCGUUCAGCUUUGCUUUCGGCCCCCUACAAUUUUUUGCCGGUUCGAGUGAGAACCGGCACGUGCCAUUCCUUCGCUCUCGCACGUGCCUCUCAGGCUAUCAGCUCCCCACUCUUUUCGCGCUUCGGUCUCCACUUUCAUCGGUUCCGACAACCCCGUGUGAUUUUACGCGCCGCGCGUCGUUCCCCUGUCACAUCUUCGAGGAGGCGACGGCGUCGUGGCACGAAAACGAACGACGAUAAAUUCGAUUACUACGACGACGACGAAGACUUUGAGGACGAUGAUGUAGUUUUGGGCGUCGAUAAUGAGUACUACGACGACGAUGAUGUUGAAGAUGAAGACGAAGAUGAAGAAAGUGGUGAUGAAGAGGGAAUGAUGCCGUUUGAGAAGAUGAGGAAGUGGUUGAAGCACAAACCCAGAGGGUUCGGUGAGGGGAAAGUGUAUGAUACUUCCGUUGAGGACAAGCUGCUCGACGAAAUGCGUCAGAGCAGAGAAGCACAAGCUGCUAACUUGAAGAAGCUCAAAAGCGGUGUCGUUAACUUCAAAAACAGUGAAAAAAAGAAGAAAGAUGCCCAAGUUGUUCCGAUUGGUGGUCGAGUGCGCUUGGUGAAUCUGCCGAAAAAGAAGAACAUUCAUAGGGAUUUGAAAUCUGCAUUUGAAGGGAUUCCAGGCAUAGUGAAUAUCGUCCCGGCAGUUAUUGGAAACAAGAAGACACGGGACCCUAUUUGCAAGGGUUUUGCUUUUGUUGAUUUCAAGUGUGAAGUAGAUGCAGUUAGGUUUAUAGAGCUAUAUUCUGGACAAAGUAUUGCUUUUGGCAAGAUUCAGAAGCCAAUAAAAUGUGAAUUUGUAAAUGCACAUUCUUCCUCUCCUGUUUCUCUGAAAUCAAGUGCAAAUCUUAACACUACUCCACUUCUCAUGGUCUCUGGUGUUGAAGAGGACUCAAAUGAGGUUUCGAACGUGAAGGAUUCUGCCCUUAGUUCUUGGGAUGGGACCACUUCGGAUGAUUCAGAUGAAGCAGACAAUCAAAUAUACAGAGAAGGAGAAGAAGAGAGUUCUGGAGAGGAACCUGAUUCUGCCACUGUGUUCAAAGGAGAUUAUGAUGAGAGUGAAGAGGAUGAAGAAGAGGGUUCUGUAGGGGAUCAGGUUGCUGCCACAGCUUUCAUGACAGAUUAUGAUGAUAGCGUAGAAGAAGAAGAAGAAGAAGAAGAAGAAGAGGGUUAUGUAGAGGAUCUGCAUGCUGCCACGGCUUUCAUGGCAGAUUCUGAUGAUAGUGUAGAAGAAGAAGAUGAAGAGGGUUCUGUAGAGGAUCAGGAUGCCGCCACUGCUUUCAUUGAUGACGAUGAUGAUGAUAGUGUCGAAAUGCAGAUCAAUUCCGAAAUUGGCUCACUUUUCUUAGAGCAGAUAGACAGAAACCCUACAGCUGAACCAAAUUCAUCUGCUGAUGUUGGACAAGAGAGCGCGCAGAAGAAGAAGCGAGCUAAGAAACGGAAAGGCAAGAAGGUUCCGAAGUUAGAUGUUCCUGGAUCCGCAAAGAGGUUAAAGAUCAAGGAAAAGGCUGUACUAAGUGAUGUUUUCGCCAAGUAUGGAUCAAAAGCUGCCGUAGCUGCUUCCAAGGAAAGUUAGUACUAUGCCAAAUUCGGGAGAUUUGCAAGGCUAAACCCAUUAUCCAGCAUGUUGGAAAUUGAGAAUCAGAACUAAAAAGCCACAUUGCAUGCAAAUGGACUUUCUAGCUGGCCAUAAAUGCCAGUUUUUGGAUCAGCGUACAAUUAAACAGUUCUGUAGUAACAUAGGGGCAGCAUUAUUUCUAUGAAUGCCAAAUCAUUCUUUAUUAAUAUCA